AUGGUCCAAACUUAUGGGGUCGCUGGAGCGACCGACGUUGACCCGAGUAUUGGUGGAGACGAGGCACGCGCCUUGCUAGGUGGGGAUAGUGCAACAGUGAGGAAGGACGCGAAACCUGAUGGCCAUGCAACCAUUGUGAGCUGCAUUAGCAACCUUUCCAACACCAUUAUUGGCAGCGGAAUGUUAACGUUUCCCAUGGCAAUGGCGUCGGCUGGCAUAAUUCCUGGAAUCAUUACCUGUGUCUUUUCGGGAGGUGUAGCGGCGUUUGGGCUGUACUUGCUGUCGCUAUGCGCAGCCAAGACCAAGUACCGACACUCGUCUUUCCACGCGGUAUCUCAGCUCACGUUCCCGAAAGCCGCCGUUUUUUUCGAUGCGGCAAUUGCUACCAAGUGUUUCGGGGUAUCCAUAAGCUACUUGAUUAUCAUCAAAGGGCUCAUGCCGAACGUGGUCGAGUCGCUGUAUCACGACCUUACUUCUUCAGAUACCAACCCUCCUGCUUGGGCUUUGGACGGUGGUAACUGGAUUAGUAUAUUCAUGCUUGUUCUUGUGCCAUUAUCAUUCCUUCGACAUCUUGACAGUCUCCGGCACACUAGCUAUAUUGCAUUGUUUUCUGUCGCUUAUCUCGUUGUUAUCGUUAUUAAGUGUUAUUUCUGGCCUCUCUCUGGCAUGCCUACCCGAGGAGAAGUUCACCUAAUUCGCUUUUCACCAAACUUUAUCUCGACCUUCCCUGUACAAGUAUUCGCAUUUACAUGCGCUCAGAAUCUUUUCCCCAUUUACAACGAACUCAAAAGGAAUACCCAAAAGCGCAUGAACAUUGUCGUCGCAGGGUCCAUCGGGUCAGCGACUUUGACGUACGAGAUAAUUGCAGUGUUUGGAUACUUGACCUUUGGGUCAAAGGUCGGCUCAAAUAUUAUUGCCAUGUAUCCAUCGGUGUCGGUUUUUAUUGCCGUAGGGCAACUUGCGAUCGUCGUUUUGGUGUUGUUUUCGUACCCUUUGCAAGUCCAUCCGUGUCGGAAUUGCUUGGACAAGGUGUUUCACCCAUCACACGUGGCGCCCCCCGUGAAGCCCGUUAUUGUGGAAGAUGGCGAUGCCGAAGACGAACCUGAGGACGACGAAAACGAGGACGACCAUGGACAUGUAGAGAUGAGUACACUGAAGCACACGUUAUUGACCGGCGGUAUCAUUGCCAGUGGAUUUACAAUUGCCUAUUUUGUGGAUGACCUACGAAUGGUUUUGGCGUUUGUUGGUUCUACGGGCUCUACAACAAUAUCCUUUAUCCUGCCGGGCUUAUUUUAUUGGAAGGUAAGGGCAAAGGCUUUGGUUGGUAAUACUGUGAGGGUGACGUGCUAUUUUGUAGCUCUCACGCAACGAUUCUAG